AUGAGAGACCCAGUGUUUGAUGAUUUGAAAAAUGAAGCUGAAGAGGAAAAAUCAGAGGAUGAAGACAGUAAAGAAGAUGAGGUGAUCUAUAAACCUGUUAUGGAAGACCUGAGCAUGGAAUUGGCCAGAAAAUGCACAGAGCUCAUUAGUGAUAUCCAUUAUAAAGAAGAGCAUAAAAAGUCGAAGGACAAGUGCACAUUUGUGACAGAUACUCCUAUGCUAAACCAUGUGAAAAAUAUUGGUGCAUUUAUUUCUGAGGCCAAGUACAAAGGCACCAUUAAGACAGAUCUUUCCAACUCUCUCUAUAAGCAGAUGCCAGCCACAAUUGACAGUGUCUUUGCAAGAGAAGUUACACAGCUUCAGAGUGAGAUUGCCUACAAGCAGAAGCAUGAUGCUGCCAAAGGAUUUUCAGACUACUCCCACAUGAAGGAGCCACCUGAAGUCAAACAUGCCAUGGAGGUCAAUAAACAUCAGAGUAAUAUUUCUUAUCGAAAAGAUGUGCAAGACACCCACACAUACAGUGCGGAGUUUGACAGACCAGAUAUCAAGAUGGCAACCCAGAUAUCCAAGAUCGUCAGCAAUGCAGAAUACAAAAAAGGACAAGGAGAAAUGAAUAAGGAGCCUGCUGUUAUUGGAAGACCAGACUUUGAACAUGCUGUGGAAGCAUCUAAACUUUCUAGUCAAAUUAAAUACAAAGAGAAAUUUGAUAAUGACAUGAAGGACAAGAAGCAUCAUUACAACCCCCUGGAAACUGCUGCGUUUAGACAGAGCCAGCUUGCCACCAUGCUAGCCAGUGACGUGAAGUACAAAAAAGACGUUAAAAAUUUGCACGAUCCAGUUUCAGAUGUCCCCAAUUUGUUGUUUUUAGAACAUGCUUUGAAAACCACCAAAAUGCUCAGUGGUCGAGAAUAUAAAAAGCUUUUUGAGGAAAACAAAGGACUAUAUCAGUUUGACAUGGAUGCUGCAGAACACCUGCAUCAUAAAGGCAAUGCCACACUCCAGAGCCAGGUUAAAUACAAAGAAGAGUAUGAGAAAAACAAGGGAAAGUCGAUGCUCGAGUUUGUGGAGACACCAUCUUAUCAAGCUUCAAGAGAGGCUCAAAAGAUGCAAAGUGAGAAAGUUUAUAGAGAGAAUUUCGAGAAGGAAAUUAAAGGAAGGUCAUCACUGGACUUAGACAAGACUCCGGAAUUUUUACAUGUCAAGUACAUAACCAACCUUCUGAAGGAGAAAGAAUAUAAGAAAGAUUUGGAAAAUGAAAUAAAGGGGAAAGGAAUGGAUGUUAAUUCAGAAGUUCUGGAUAUUCAAAGAGCAAAACGAGCAUCUGAAAUGGCUAGUGAGAAAGAAUACAAAAAAGACCUGGAGUUAAUGAUUAAAGGGAAGGGAAUGCAAAUUGGCACUGACACCCUUGAGAUACAACGGGCCAAAAAAGCUUCGGAGAUAGCUAGUGAGAAAGACUAUAAAAAGGAUCUGGAGACUGAAAUUAAGGGGAAAGGCAUGCAGGUGGACUCAGACACUCUGGAUAUUCAGCGAGCUAAGAAAGCAUCUGAAAUUGUCAGCCAGAAAGAAUAUAAGAAAGACUUGGAAAAUGAAAUAAAAGGGAAAGGAAUGCAGGUGAGCAUGGAUAUCCCAGAUAUGCUUCGCGCCAAGAGAGCAUCUGAAAUCUAUAGCCAGAAAAAAUAUAAAGAUGAAGCAGAGAAAAUGCUUUCAAACUAUUCUACUGUGUUGGAUACUCCUGAGAUUCAGAGAAUUAAGACAACACAACAAAACAUUAGCACUGUAUUUUAUAAAAAAGAAGUAGGAGCUGGCACAGCAGUAAAAGAUACCCCGGAGAUUGAACGCGUAAAGAAAAAUCAGGAGAAUAUCAGUUCAGUGAAAUACAAAGAAGAAGUGAAACAUGCUACAGCCAUUUCUGAUCCUCCAGAGCUAAAGAGAGUGAAAGAAAACCAAAAGAAUAUCAGCAAUCUUCAGUAUAAAGAGCAGCCCUACAAGGCUACUCCAGUAAGCAUGACACCAGAGAUUGAGAGGGUGCGGAAGAACCAGGAGCAACUGAGUCCGGUUAAAUAUAAAGGAGAGAUUAAACAAGCAACCACAAUUUCUGACCCACCAGAGCUUAAGAGAGUGAAAGAAAACCAGAAGAAUAUCAGCAAUAUUUCUUAUAGAGGUCAGCUGAGCAAAGCCACUGCUUUAAGUGUAACUCCUGAAAUGGAAAGAGUAAAGAAGAAUCAAGAAAAUAUUAGCUCGGUAAAAUACACCCAGGACCAAAAGCAGAUGAAAGGUAGACCAAGUCUUGUUAUCGAUACGCCUGGUCUGAGGCAUGUUAGAGAAGCACAAAACCAUAUUUCAAUGGUAAAGUAUCAUGAGGAUUUUGAAAAGACAAAAGGAAGAGGCUUUACUCCUGUUGUGGAUGACCCUGUGACCGAGCGAGUACGGAAGAACACCCAGGUGGUCAGUGACGCUGCCUACAAAGGCAUCCACCCUCACAUUGUGGAGAUGGAUAGGAGACCUGGCAUCAUCGUUGACCUCAAAAUUUGGCGCACAGAUCCUGGUUCCAUCUUCGACAUUGAUCCCCUGGAAGACAAUAUUCAGUCUAGAAGUCUACAUAUGCUCUCUGAAAAGGCACACCAGUAUAGGCAACACCGGUCUCGCUCUCAUUCCAGCAGUACUUUUGGUACAGGUCUGGGAGAUGACAAGUCAGAAACAUCUGAGAUUUACCCUAGCUUUUCAUGCAGCAGUGAGAUAACAAGACCGUCCGAUGAAGGAGGAGCCCCUGUUCUUCCUGGAGCCUACCAGCAAAGCCAUUCCCAAGGCUAUGGAUACAUGCACCAGACCAGUAUGUCGUCCAUGAGGUCAAUGCAGCAUUCACCAAAUCUAAGGACAUACCGAGCCAUGUACGAUUAUAGUGCCCAGGAUGAAGAUGAGGUCUCCUUCAGGGACGGUGACUACAUUGUCAACGUGCAGCCCAUCGAUGAGGGCUGGAUGUAUGGCACUGUGCAGAGAACUGGGAAAACAGGGAUGCUCCCAGCGAAUUACAUCGAGUUUGUUAAUUAA